CAUUUCAAUAACCGUUUGUCAUCAUCGGUGCUGAUAAUAUUCCAAUUUCUUUUUUGUAUUUAUAACAUUUUCGUGAUCCUCAUUUAUGAUUGUGAUUUGAAGUUUUUCCGUGAACGUUUGAAUCUCGAAACCGUGAACGGACACCGGUGUGGUAAACCGAGAACAAGAGGCGGAAAAAGAGAAAUGGAUGCGAUCAAACCUGGAUGGUUCAGUGAAAUUAACGAUCUGUGGCCAGGUGUAUCAUUGUCCCUCGAGGUCGUCAAGGUACUCCAUCGAGAACGAUCGCAGUAUCAGGACGUGAUGGUGCUCGAAACGAAAUCACAUGGAAGGACCCUAAUUUUAGAUGGUAUCAUUCAAUGCACGGAGAGAGACGAGUUUUCGUAUCAGGAGAUGAUUGCUUUCCUACCGUUGUGCAGCCAUCCAAAUCCAAAAACUGUUUUGAUAGUUGGAGGUGGAGAUGGCGGAGUUGCUCGUGAGGUAGCCAAACAUCCACAGGUAGAACGGAUCGUGCAAGUGGAAAUCGACCCGAAAGUGUUGGAGGUAUCGAAAAAAUAUUUGCCCUCGAUGGGUGUCGGACUGGAUCACCCUAAAGUCACGCUUAACAUAGGCGAUGGUUUUCAAUUCUUGAAGCAACAUAGUGGGCAAUUUGACGUUAUAAUCACCGAUAGCAGUGACCCAGUCGGUCCGGCAGAGUGUCUAUUUCAAGAAUCAUACUUUAAUCUGAUGAAAAGUGCAUUGAAACCAGGUGGAAUCGUUUGCAGUCAAGCGGGAACUGCAUGGUUAAAUCUCGAUCACGUGACACAAACGUUACAACGUUGUAAAUCUUUAUUUCCGGUUGCAUCUUAUGGUGUUGUUUCCGUGCCUACCUACCCUACAGGUCAAAUUGGAUUCGUGCUCGGGGGAUUAAAUCCUGAAACGAAUUUCAAAGAGCCAACAAAAGUUUUCAACGACACCGAGCUUGACCAGAUGAACAUGAAAUAUUAUAACGAUCAAGUGCAUCGAGCAGCAUUUAUUCUUCCAAGGUUUAUAACAAAAGCAUUGGACAAGGCACUCGUUAAAAACUAGUCAUCGAAUAUCUCUUAAAGAAAUAAUUUAAAACUUUUUUUUAAAAUUGAAGACUUUUAACACAUCGGAAAUAU